AUGACCGGCUCGUGCUGCGGCCCCAUCUCCUCCUCCCCGGGCUGCGCCGGAGGCUGCUUCCAGCCCCGCUGCUGCCACGACCCCCGCUGCUGCCGCCCAGUGUCCUGCCAGACCACUGUGUGCCAUCCCUUGACCUGCGUGCCCCGCUGCACGCGCCCCAUACGUGAGCCCUGCCGCCGCCCAGUCUGCGGUGCCCCGUGCAGCCUCUGCUGCCGCGUCACCUGCUGCCCCACGUCCUGCCAGGCCGUGGUCUGCCGCCCCUGCUGCUGGGCCACCACCUGUUGCCAGCCCGUCUCUGUGCAGUCCCCGUGCUGCCGCCACCCCUGCUGCCAGCCGGCCCCCUGCCACACCACCUGCAGGACUUCCGACUGCUGCUCAGCAGUGCACCGACUGUGGAGAGCCAGCAAGCAACCUUCUGAAAAAGUUCUACCCCCCUUUCUCUACCUAACAAACCUCCUCUCAGCCAUCAAUACCCCCAAAUCAAGCAGGAGUUGA